AUGCAAGUAGAUGUGAAUGUGUAUCAAACUCAACGACCUCAUGCUCGCCCUCAAAUCGCAAGACCUACGACUUGCAGUGCGGGAUUUUAUAGGCAGUUGUGCACCUCUCGAACGAUUUGCUAUUGUUGUUUGAAGGCAUAUGAUGAAACACAUUGUGACGCGAAUGAUCGUUUUGUUUGCCCAAAUCCCGGUGCCACCACGGCUGACAUGGAUGCGUUUGUGGCUGAAUGUCGACGAAAUUUGGGUCCUGGUUCACCUUUGGUAGCGGCAGUUUCGGCCAAUCCUCACCCUUCUGGACGAUUGAUUCCUCCUCAUAGGUGUCCUUCUGCGGCGGCAUCACGCCGUAUUCACACCCCGGCUUUGCCUCUCCCACAAUCCCACUUUGGCUUUGAUCAAGCUCCAGCUGCUCUUCAAACUAAUUUGUUGUCCGAGUUUCCGCCUUUGAUUGAUUCUGUUGGUCAGCCACCUAAUCCUACCACUGGUGUAUCUGCUCUUUUUCAUGAAUUUCAUAACGUCGAAUUUCCUGAGUCUCUUGGUCAAACUGAAGAGUUUUUGUCUACUCAACCCAUCUUUGGUUAUUUAGACAAUGAGAUUCAUGCUCAUGUCGCCUCUCUGGCUUUUCACGGCGAAAAGAAUGCCGACUCUCGGUGCAUUGCGGCCUGUGAAUUCAAACGGUUGAUACUCUGUGAAUUCAAACAACAAGGGUAA